AUGCAGAUCCAUUGGAGCCUAUCUCCAUCGAUAAUACAGGAUCAUCCUGAGGAAGGACACUCGACAGGACAGGAAGAGGAUCAGCUGGGGAGGAAGUGCCCGCCCAGCUGCGCCACCCGACACCCCACUAUCGGCUUUCACCGUCGAAUAUUCCGAGGAUGGCACCCCGAAGAUAUCACCCAUGGCUCACAGCCCAGCGAAGUGUCUGAAGUAUCCAAAGUGAUCCAAUUUCCUGGGAGACUAUCCCUUUAUCGCACCGAUAGCGCUAGGCUUAAUGGCAACGGUUCGUUCACAGCCCAACCGACCGAAAAUAUCAGCGGCUAG